AUGCACUCGCGGUCUCAGCUUCGAAGGCGGGUCGGGGACUGGUCUCACGAGUCCGCUGCGGCAGUGCUGCUUUGCAGGCGGCUUUACGAGGAGCCAUCUCCAUCGCCAUCGCCAAGGGCUCGGACUCGUCCUGGCCUCGAGAGGGACGUACCGCGGCCGAACUCGGCCCGGCUCGGUCUCAAGGUCGCCGAUGCUCAGAGGCUCCUGGACAAGGUCUCUGGAAGAGCGCUGGGAGGAGCAGCCACAGCCCCGAGCCUGGGGCCAGAGAGAGCCGCUCCCGCUCCCGCUCCGGAGAGCUCCCAGCGCCUCUCCUCUCUGCUUCUGCCGCCUUUGCCGCAGGCCGGCGAGACGGGCGCCCGGGUUGUCUCCUUGUCGCCUGAGAUGCACGACCCGCCGGAGCCUUCCGCCUUGGUGGCCUACCCGCAGACUUCCCAGCUCGGCAUCGUCCACAUGGACGUGGAGCCCGAGAGCGACUCGCAGGAGGAGUUUGGGUCGCUGGGCCGGCCUUUCGACAUUUUUCUGGAGAUUUUGAGAGGGGCCGAGCAGCGGGAGGAGACGCUGGGGAAAGAGUUCGUGUAUGUCCGACACAUUGAGGGUGGCAGCGCCUACGACUUGGAACUGGUGCCCUUUAGGGAGGUGCAGUUGGAGAGCUACAUGACCGUGAGCCCUGCGGGGAUGUCGACGUAUUUCAAGGGCUUGCCGACGGCCUUCGUCUCCCUGAAGAGCUGGCUGCAGGAACGGCGGCUUUUCCGGCUGUUGCGGCGUUUCAACUUCUUCCAGGAGUUUCCCAAAAGGAAAGCCUUCUUGCACUGGCGGAAUGCUGGGAGAUGGGGUCGGAUGACGAAAGCCGGACGAGUGCUGGAAGAGCGUGUCUUCUUCCUGCACCCCUGGUUCCGUUCGAGCUACUUCACUGUGCGCGAGAUUUUUCAGGAUGUCGCAAACUUGCGAUGUUUGCGGUGCCAUUUUCCCCAGCCGCAGACUUUGGCGGAAUUCCAAGUGGCGCAGAAGAACUGGCAGCACGACCUCUUCCAACGUGCCCGGCAGUUGGCCGCCAAGGUGAUGACGGAAGUGUCGCGCAUCCUCUCGUCGGUGAUGGAUCAGGUGCGCCGGGAGACCAGCGACAACAGCGAGUUCACGCGGCAGGUCCUGGUGAGCGGCCGCCAGCUGGGUUCAGCGGCCAUCGUGCGCGCCGGGAUGGAUCAAGAGGACAGCGAGGCUCUGGAGCGCCUCGGCUUCUCCAAGGACGUGAGCUUCGCGCAGCGCUCGCGGCUGCGCUUCGAGUGUGGGCGGCUCCUGCGCUUCGCGCGUUUGGUGGACCUUCUCUGCACCGAGAGCCUGGUGGAGGUACUGGAGGCCUCCAUCGCCGAGACGGUGCGGAGCCUCGGUUUGGAACAAGGCCGCCUGGAGGAAGGGCACGGCUCACAGAUCCUCCUGAAGGUGACCUCCGCAGCACAUGCAGACCACGUGGCUCAGACCAUGGCUGUCCAGCUGUGUCCAAGUGACGUGGAGGUCUCAGUGGAGUUCAUCAAUUGGUUGCGGCACGGUUGUACGUUGGCCACCUUCUUCACCUGCAACUAUGCAUCGCCGGCAUUCUACUUCAUCUACUUGACUUGGAUGGCCUCCUCGACCCCGUCAACUUCCAUCGACUAUUCCAACGAAAGCAAUGAAGUGUGA